CUCUGCUUCCAGGCAGUUUCACCCUUGGCGAGCUGAUCAGCUGGGUUUAUCUGUGUUUGGCCUGCGAAACUGCGUGUUUGUUCAGGUGUGUAACUCAUAGAAGGAGAGAGAAACCUUUGCAGACUGAAGCUCUUAUCCAGUGCUGCAGUCAGAUGAGAAACAAUAUUUUAAAUAAAACAAAACAAUUCACCGCUCUCAUUAUUCGUGCUGUUUCGACUGAAGAACAGUUGCAACAUUUUGGAUAAUUUCCUCCUGUUUUUUUGGACUAAACAGUAUUUUUACAGACAUCAUACUGACCCAAUUCGUGAGCAAAUGUAGAACAUCCCUCAUAAAUCUUUGUGGUAAAGAAGAUAAACGUGUCAAACAAAGUCAUGAAGGUUUACACGAAGUGAGCGAUCCAGCAGAGAGAGCAGCACUUACACUGAAAGUAACGCCUUUGAGGAAAUAAUAGCAGAGAUAUGAAAAACGUUGAGUGAACUUUUCACCCAGCAGCAGUUUUCUCUCAGCUCUCUCUACCCAAAGAAAGAUACUGGUAACUCUACGUUGGAAGAACGGGGCCACUUUAUCAUUUUAUAAAUCUGAACCGAAGCAAAACAUCAGGCGUUCCUCAAGGUUCCAGUCUUGGGCGACUUUUUUUAUUUUUAACAUUUACAUGAUAGUUUUGUCCAACAUAUUCAUGAGAGGAUGGGACAGAUUGUCCACCAUCUUAAGACAGAAGUCACUGUUUUUGAUCCCAAAAAUACAAUGUGAAUGUUAGAUAAAUUGUAGAUAUCAUUAUUGAAUAUUUGUUGUGUCAUGUACCUUUAUAAUGUUCUUGCCUUAUAUACUUUUAUUUGUUUUGUUUCAUCUUAGCAUUAAGAAUGUUUCUGUGUUGUUGAAUUACUCUGAUUCCUUUCUCAGAAGGCCUCACUUGAGGAAAAGCAGUGAAAGCAGCUUCCUGCAGGGUUAUCUCUCAGCGGAAAGCUCUGCCUCCUUGACCUGUUAGAAAGCUAUAAAACCAGCGCCGUGAAGACGUACAACUUGCUCUGUUUAACCCGGUGUCUGGAACCAGAUAAUCUAGUGCAAGAUAGCUUGUGUUUUUAGCUAGUGAUUGUCAUUGGCGCUGCAACUAUGUGAUGAAGUGUUUACCCCUCCCUUUAGGGUUGCAGCGUCCUUUGUGAUAGGGAUCCUGAAAGCAAUAAAAAGAGAGGCGCAGGCAAAUGUGGUUUCAGAGCAGAAGGAGUUUUGUAGCUGAAAACACAUCUCUGUCUGUUCUUCUCGAAGGAUUCCAGCAGGUGUGCUGGACCCCAGUACAGACCGUGAGCACGACAAGUUUGCUAGUGGAAACUUAUCAGAACCUGUUCGAGGGCUGUCGCUAGGCCUGCCUGCUGGGAACUCAAGGUUGACGACACUCCAAGGAAAGGCGACAGGAAAGCAGAAAACCUGAUUAGUGGAGCCCGGAGAUUGGGUGCUAAUAAGGAGCAUAAGGAAGAAACACUGGCACUCUCCUCAGUGGGAAGGACCGCACCAGGUGUUGCUGACCACUCCCACGGCUGCAAAAAUAGCAGAACGGUCAACUUGGGUACAUUUAACACGCUGCAAAAAGGUCAUUUCACCUCAACAGUAGCUGGAAAGCGAGCUCGGGACGCUCACCGACCUGCAGGGCAAAGUCCAGCGUACAAAGGGGGUAAAACCAAAUAGUUUUACCAUCUCAAAACUGGUGAAGAUUGUCCACAACCCUGUAGUGUCUUUAGGAGCUGAACGGACUUGCACAUUAAUGAAAUGGCGAAUAAAAAUAUGGUUUUUGUUUUCGCUUUGUGUUUUCAUCUGGGAACAACUCAUGUCAUAAAUGAAACAAGUUAUUCUUGUAGCACUGCUAACGGAAUAAGGAUGGGCAUUCAGGUAUGCUUUCCACCUCGUUCUACUAUCACUGUUUUAGUCCCCUGGGAAAGUAUGGUGUCAGAAAACUACAGAGAUUACACUUGGUAUAUGACAAAUGAUGUUUUCAACACCGGCUGGGAAACUUUAGUGGCUGACGAGGGGAAUAAAUGGACAAGAGACUGGGGUACCACCACAUACGCACAACAUCAGAAACAGAUACUUAGCAUUUCACGUACAGACGAAGGAAUACGGAUAGGUAUUAACACGGCCACACAUCCCUUGUUUCCUCCUAGUGCAAGGAAGAAAAAGCCUGACGCAACAUGCUGGGAAUUCUACUUGUGGGCUUUUACAUCAGGGGCUGAUCCAAAGUUUCUAACAGUUCUCUGUGAGGAGUCUAAGGAAGGCGGGGGAAGCGCUACUUCUCCGUGGACAGUAGGGGUGAAGGUAAAAGAGGUAGAAACCAUUGAUGACUGGUUCAAAGUUAACACAGGUGUGUCAGGGCAAAUUAAUAACUGGUUAUUAAUGGUAGAACAGGCUGCAAAAAUGGCUAAGCAAGAUUGUGUCGUAUGUAUGGAAUCAAGGCCUCUACUUCAUGUGACCCCAGCAAUCAUUUCAGAACAAUGUUUAUUAGAAGUGAUGAGUAAAACUAAUCCCAAUAGCGCCUGUGUGAUUUAUGAUUCAGUAUUUCCCCUUGCAGCAGCUGAUGAAGAGAAACCUUUCUUUUCUAAGAAGGUAGCUCCGGGUAACUUCUCAUGUGUUAACAUAACAGGAAGUGGAAAAAGAUUGGGAAGUCUUUCAGGUACUAUGUGUGCUACUGUUCUCUCUGUAAACAAUGAUUUUAACCCUGUUUCUCGUGCAGAUGUCUGGUGGUGGUGCGGUGACGACAGAAUUUUUGAUAGAUUACCUCGAAAUGUAGCAGGGUUAUGUGCAUUAGUUUCUUUAUUAUUACCAGUUUCCGUCUAUCCUAUGUCUGCAGAACAUCUAACACACACUUUGACUAGCAUUAUGCCUCAGCAGUGGCAUCAUUUACAGAAACGAGAGCUAACAUGGAAACAUAAUGAUGCUACAUACAUCGAUGCCAUUGGGGUCCCUCCUGUUGUACCUGAUGAAUAUAAAUUGACCCACCAAACUGCAGCAGGUUUUGAAUCUACAAUUUGUUGGUGGUGUUCGGUGAACAAAAGCGUGGACAGAAUCAACUUCAUCCAUUUCAACGUACAAAAACUGGGCAACCGGACACAGGCUGGGUUUGAGGCGGUUCAUGAGCAGCUGGCCACUACCUCACUGAUGGCUUUCCAAAACCGCAUAGCUUCUGACAUGCUGCUGGCUGAACUAGUGGGAGUGUGUGCUAUCUUUAGAGGAAGGUGCUGCACCUUUUUGCCCAACAACAUAGCAGCUGAUGGGAGCCUGACGAAGGCCAUUGUGGGGCUCCGUACCCUUAAUGGCAAAAUGAAAGAGCUCUCUGGAGUGAAUACUUCCAUGUGGGAUGAAUGGAUGAAUGUUUUUGGAAAAUACCGAACCCUAGUGUCCUCUGUGUUAGUAUCAAUGGCAGUCUUUGUUGCCAUUGUAACCUUGUGCGGAUGCUGUUGUAUUCCUUGCCUGCGCUCUUUGUUAAACCGUCUCAUUUCCACAGCAAUUUCUCCCAUGAAGGACCAGAUGACACACAUGUAUCCUUUAUUAGCCAAAGAUCCUGAGGCUGACAAAGAAUACUCUGAUGAGGAUUCUUCUGACCUGUAUCCAGAUCCUAAUUUUUGGGCUGAGUACCAUCCUAAAGUGUAAGCAUAUUUGCGUUCUUACAAAUGAACUCCCAGCUGAAAAUCGUUUGAAGUGGCUGUUUAGGAGGGAUAUGAGAAUUAGAACAAAUAUGUGACAAACAGGGGGAAAUGUUAGGUAAAUUGUAGAUAUUAUCAUCAAAUAUUUGUUGUGUCAUGUACCUUUAUAAUGUUCUUGCCUUAUAUACUUUUAUUUGUUUUGUUUCAUCUUAGCAUUAAGAAUGUUUCUGUGUUGUUGAAUUACUCUGAUUCCUUUCUCAGAAUGCCUCACUUGAAGAAAAGCAGUGAAAGCAGCUUCCUGCAGGGUUAUCUCUCAGCGGAAAGCUCUGCCUCCUUGACCUGUUAGAAAGCUAUAAAACCAGCGCCGUGAAGACGUACAACUUGCUCUGUUUAACCCGGUGUCUGGAACCAGAUAAUCUAGUGCAAGAUAGCUUGUGUUUUUAGCUAGUGAUUGUCAUUGGUGCUGCAACUAUGUGAUGAAGUGUUUACCCCUCCCUUUAGGGUUGCAGCCUCCUUUGUGAUAGGGAUCCUGAAAGCAAUAAAAAGAGAGGCGCAGGCAAAUGUGUUUCCAGAGCCGAAGAAGAUUUGUAGCUGAAAACACAUCUCUGUCUGUUCUUCUCGCGAGUUAAC